AUGUUAAGUGAUAGAAGCAAAGGUAGUAGUUAUGUGUAUGCUGAUUAUAAUGCCACUACUCCGAUUGGUAAAAACGUAAAAGAAAGCAUACUGGAAGUCCUAUCACUGCAAACAUUUAAUCCAUCCUCGCUUCACAGAAGGGGUCAAGAAGCAAGAAAAGUUCUCCAAGAUGCAAGAGAUAAUGUACGCAAUUUUAUUGGUGUGCCGGACAAUAAAGAGAUAGUUUUUACUUCUUCUGCCACUGAAGCAAAUAAUCUUGUUAUGGCAGGAAUGAAGGAAUAUCAGCACGUCAUGUCAGCAAUAGAACAUCCUUCUAUUCUUAAUUCUGCACGUAACCCACACAUAAUACCUGUCAAUAAAAACGGAGUUGUUGAUCUUGUAGAGCUAGAAAAAAUCCUAAAUAAACUUAAAGGAAAUAAAAUACUAGUUUCAAUAAUGAUGGCAAAUAAUGAAACUGGAGUAAUACAACCAAUCAAGAGGAUAACCGAAAUAGUCCAUAAAUUUGGCGCGGUAUGUCAUACUGACGCGGCUCAAAGUAUUGGAAAAAUUAAUGUGAAUAUGGAAGAUCUGGGAGUGGAUUUAUUAACCUUAUCUGCUCACAAAUUUGGCGGUAUAGUAGGUAGUGGGGUACUAAUAUUCGACAAGAAAUUGGAAAUAAAGCCAAUAAUUUUUGGUGGGGGACAAGAAAAAGGACUACGUGGAGGUACAGAGAACGUCGUUGCAAUUGCAGGUCUCUCUGCAGCACUGCAUAAUAUUCCAGAACUCUUGGUAAAAAUGAAGGAAAUAGAAGUUUUACGUGAUCAGUUAGAAUAUGAACUACCAAAUCUUACUAAUAUAUUUGGCAAAAACUCUGAGAGAUUGCCAAAUACUAGCUGCAUUUAUAUGUCAGGAGUAAAGAAUGACGUGCAGCUUAUGAAUUUUGAUUUAAACAAUAUUGCUGUUAGUAAUGGAUCUGCAUGUUCUUCUGGAAAGAUUGAACCUUCUUAUGUAUUACUUGCGAUGGGGGCUACAAAAGAGCAAGCAGAGUGCUCAAUUAGAAUUAGUAUAGGUUGGGAAACCAAAUGCAAAGAUAUAAAAAAAAUAAUAAAUUGUUGGUAUAGUAUAUAUAAUCAAAAGGCUAUAAAUUCCGAUUCUGGAGAUCUCUAUUAA